AUGAUCACAAACUACUUUUCCCCUGUGCCCAAGCCCAUGGAGAAACCAUUCUCUCCACCCAGGUCCAACAACAUCAUGGAUUACUUCAGCCGGAAGACCACACCAGUUAGAGAGAAAUGUAGUACCCCAGAGCAGACUAAGGAGAACCGCCUGGGGCCCCAGCCCUCUGAAUCACCAGCCAGCCUAGACAGCCCUGUGAGGCUGCCAGCCAAUCCCCGUCAGAAAAAGGGCAGGAAGCCCAGCAAAGUUGCCCGGCAGUUACAGGAGACUGAUGCUGAUGCAGGUUCCACUGAGACGGAGGAGUGUGUGGUCUUAGAGGGGCCAGGAGAUGGUGAGGGGUCAGAGGGCAAUGUAGUCAGAAGCAGCUGUGGCUUCCUGGGUAGUGACACAGCUGCCCUGCUGGCCCAGUUCAGUUCUGAUGCUGGCAUGGCUGGAGACACCUGUGGUAAGAAUGACCCUGGCGCGGCAUGUCCUGAGAAGGCUCAAAAAGACAAUCAUCCCAAGGUGUACUCUAAAAAAAGGGCUCCUCUGAAGAAAAAGGAAAGUUGCGACGGUUCUCCUAAAAUUCCUAGAAAAGACAAGGUGACUGUCAGUAAGGCUAAAGCCAAGCAGCAGGAGGAUAAGGAAAAAGAGGAGUAUGUGCCAGAGAUCCAGGAGGCUGAGCUCUCUUUGUGUGAUGCAAGCUUAGAGGUGAAUGUGGGAGAGGCGUCUCAGUUGAACGGGAGCACCGUCACCAUCUCCUUUGAGGACUUCCUGCAGACUCAGGGCCAGGGAGAGGAGAAAGUGGGAGAGAAAAGCCGAGUCGACCCGGAGCCAGAAGACAUGUUGGAUGUACCCAAAGCCAAAGAGCUUUGUCCCCUGCAGAUAUCUCCUCGAACCCUCACCAUCCAAGCUGAGGUACACACCAUUUCCCCCGGCCACGAGCCAGUCCUGGUUGCAGAGAAAAAGAUUGCCUCCAUCUUCUCCAGGGAAAAAGAGGGGAGCCUAGCACCUGUAGUGGUGAAGACUGCUUCCUUUCCUCAUCCCCAGUCUAGACUGGAGCUGCUGCCUGCCCCCAAAAGGAGGUCCAACGUGGUCCUGCAGGAGGAGGACCUGGAGCUCAGUAUCGUUGAGUCUGAAUCAUCCGCUCCCAAGUGCAGCCAGACUGAGCGGAAGCAGUUCAUGAGUGCUUUCAAGCAGCCAGCCAAGCCCGGCAAGGGCCCUGGGAAGCAGCCUGUGGACAAGGCCUUGGGGGAGGCUGUGGAGGAGGAGAACCACUCUGCUGCUCCAACAGAGGAGCAGACAGGUAAAAAUGCAGCUAAGAAGAAACCACAGAGACGAGGGAGGAAGAAGGCCUUGGAGCAGGAGUCAGUUCCCUCACCCGCGGCACAAGAAGACCAUGUUCCCAUGGAGACUGACGCUGUGGAGACUGAUUCUAAACCCAAAGGGGAGUCCAACACUGAGGCUAAACCUGAAGCAGAGCCCACCACCUCCACACCAACAACAGUCAGGAGGUCCACCAGAGAAGCCCCUUGCAGGCAUCUGCAGAUACCUGUUGUUGAUCCAGUAACCCCAGUGAGGAAAACAAAAAAAGAAAGGGUGAAAGAUGUUGCAGCAGUCACCGUGGACUGCCCUGUCCAGAUGUCCACCCCGAAGUCAGACAAGUCCAGACACAGGGUGUUCAGAGCACAGAUGGAAUCCAAUGCAUCGAAAAAGAGAGAAAAGGCAAAGAAGUUGGUGGAGAAAGCCCGGGAGAUACAGCAGAGUAAAAAGGCCUCAGCGGAUAAGGAGGGUCAGAGGUCUUUCCGACGUUCCACCAGGAGACCGGGCAAGAAGAGCUACAAUGAAGAUGAGGACUCAGUGGUUUGUGUGGAGGAUAGCCAGGAUGGCUCUGCUCCGACUGCCAAGGAGAAGGGAACAGCUCGGAAACGCAGUCUAAAUGAUGUAUUGGGGAAAAAAGCACCUGCCAGCAAGGAGGCCAAUAAUCCAGCAGUGGCUCCCAUGUUCCUUGGGAAAAAAGCACAGAGGACAUCAGUCAUAUCCAUAUUUGAUGAUCGCAGCCGUGAUGCUUCAGAGAACUCUCAGGAUGAUGAACAGUUCCGAGCCCGCAGAGAGUUCCUGAAGAGUGGCCUCCCAGAGUCCUUCAAGAAGCAGAUAGCCAAAACCAUUGCCACCAACGAGGCCUACGCAGUCUCCUGCUCCUCCUUCCAGCCUGUAGUGCACGUGCUGCAGACGUCACAGGAUUUCUCUGAGCCCAUUCGUAAGCUCCUAAUGGAGGAGAUCAGUGCAUCCAACCCUCCUUUCCCCGUCCAGCGGUUUCUCACACGCUUCCUGAAGAGGCGGGCGGACCACCUCCAGGAAUGCACAGCUUCAGAGGCAGACCCCAGUACCAAACUCGCCAGCAGUGCCCCAGCAUCGACAGAGCCUGUGGGGGGAAAGAGGAAGAGAGUGGGUGAGGGGGCAGUGGGAAAUGUGGCCAAGAAGCAGAUGUCCAGGAGUUCGGAGAAGAAGAUCAUUGUGAUCGACGGGGACACCAUCUCCCCCGAACCUGAGCCACCCAGGAGGGGAAGGCGAGGGAGGAGGCGCAAGCAACAGGAGAACGAGGAGAUGAAAACACCACUCCCCUCCCAAAAGGACCCUGUGGUACUCCUGGAGGACUCGCCACUGGCUAGCAACUCUGUCAAAGAUGACUCCGUAAAAGAGGAUGUGUUGUGGACAGAGAAGUACCAACCACAGCACUCCAAUGACGUCAUAGGCAACACUGCCUCAGUGAGGAGGCUGCACAGUUGGCUGAGGGAAUGGAAGCUCAGAGCUGACAGGGAAGAGAGGAAGAAACAGAAGGAAAAGAAACAGGAGGAAAAGAAGCAGGAUGACGACAGCAAUGACUCAUGGGACACUGAAGAUGGGGACUCUCAGGAGGGGGAAGACUUUAUGUGUAACACCCUGCUGAUCACUGGUCCCACGGGGGUCGGCAAGACCGCUGCCGUUUACGCCUGCGCCCAGGAACUCGGCUUUAAGGUGUUUGAGGUGAAUGCGUCGUCCCAGCGGAGCGGCCGUCAGAUCCUGUCCCAGCUGAGGGAGGCCACCCAGUCCCACCAGGUGGAUAUCCAGGGGGUCAACACCCAUAAGCCGUGCUACUUCAGUAGCUCCACCGCCAGGCAUGGAUCCUCACCACGGAAAGUGUACUCUCCUCGAAGGGUGGUGUCCUCCCCCAGGAAGUCCCCCCGUGGAGCCACGAGGGGAGGCCUGGCCCCCACCUCCCUGGCCAACUUCUUCAAAAUGGGCCGACCUGGUCCCACCAACAAGGAACCUGCCAGUGCCAGCCAAGACCAGAAGCAACCAACCGCUGUUCCCAAGAAGACCAGUAAAGCCAAGGAGAGUUCCAGUAAGACUGAAGAGCCUCAGAACAGACCAGCAGCAGCAGCCAUCACCAAGGACUCCUCCAGUGAAGAGCAGAGCAAGAAGACAGCCACGUCACUCAUUCUCUUUGAGGAGGUGGAUGUCGUCUUUGAUGACGACUCUGGGUUCCUGGCUGCCAUCAAAACGUUCAUGACCACCACCAAGAGACCGGUGAUCCUCACCACCAGUGAUCCCACCUUCAGUACCAUGUUUGAUGGCAACUUUGAGGAGAUCCAUUUCAAAACCCCCUCAGUGGUGAAGGUGGGGAGCUACCUGCAGCUGCUGUGCCUGGCUGAGAACAUGCGUACGGAUGCCCGCGACGUCUCCUCUCUGCUCCACCUGAACGGUUGUGACAUCCGCCAGAGCCUUCUGCACCUGCAGUUCUGGAGCCGUUCCACAGGGGGGCGGAAGCUAUCCCGUCCCCUCCCAGACUCAGCCCCCACAGUGACACAACUCCAGCCAAAGACAGAGGAAACUGCAGGUGGCUCUGUGGUGAGUGAGGGGGUGACCCCAGCAGGACCUCUGCCCCCAUGUCACACAGGCUGCACAGAGAGCAUGCUGGGGCUGCUGAACAUGGAGCCAGAGAGGGAAAUGCAGGAUCUGUUCAAGAGCCAGUCCACAGUGGAGCCAGGUUGCUGGGAGCUGCUGACCACCAGCAAGAGGAGAGGAAUGGACCUGCUCUACUCCAACAUGGAGGCCCUGCUUCCCCUACCCACCACACACCUCACUGUCACAACCCACAGGCGGCCACAGGAAGUGAGCAACCGGACACAGGAAGAGUCCAGCGCUGAUCCACAGGAAGUAGCCACUAGUAUGAACAGUAUAAAGCCAGAGGUUGAUCCACUGCCCCACCCCAGGCUCCAGCAGGUGGCAGAGGGGUCAGAGACAGACGGGAGCCCGGUGAAGGUGUCCUCUAGAAUGAAGAAGAAGAAGAAGCAGCUGGGUACCCGAGAGGACCUGGACCCCUUUCACUCAGACUCUGAUUCCGACGACGCCUUCCUCUCCCUCCACACUAAACCACCUCCCAACCCCCCUCAGACACAGACGGAAGGGGAGGACAGUCAGGACGAUUCUACCAGCAACAAGGUUGAACUAGAAUCUGUGAAGGCCAGAGAGGAAGAGGUAAAGGAGAAGGCCCCUCCCCCUGUGAGGAUGAGGGUGCUGCUCACCCCGGAGCAGAGGAUGAAGAGUGAGCCUGUGUCCCACUGCCUGGGCUCCCUGGCAGAGUUCCUCGACCACAUGUCCCUCCUGGACUCCUCCCUUUGCCACCACACCUCACCUGUAGGUGGUGCCAGAAACACACACAGGACGUUCGGCCUGAGAGCCGAGACUAAAGACGGGAUGAAUGACGAGCCAGGGGAGGAGUGCCAUGGAGGGAGCUGGGUAGAGGGGGAGAGAGCGGGGGAGAUCCAGGCUGCUGUGGAGGCUCUGAGCUUCCAGAGGUGCAGGGCUGGGGUGGAGGAGGCGUGGGGUAAAGCUCAGGGUCUAGAGGGGGAACUGGGGAAGGAGGCUGUGAACGAGCUCACACUCCCUGUGGCCCCGCACAGACAGGGCUUCAGACUCACCCAGGACAGCCCCUGUGAACCAAAAGUUCUCCAGAAGAGGAGGGAGGUGAUGGACAUUCUACCCAGCCGAGUGGCAGGGACGCUGGGUAACAGACCGGCUGCAGCCCUGGACUUCCUUCCCUUCCUACGGACCAUCUGCCGAUCAGAGACGCUCAAGGAGCAGUUCAAGGUUAAACGCAGGUUCCUCCACUACCUGGAUGCCAUUCACCUGGGCCUUCCCAAGAACACACUGCAAUACCUAGCAGAGGACUUCCCUUGA